UCUGCGGCCAGGGCCUCUGCGUCAGGCCUGUGGGAAGUGGCUUGACAGGGUGUUGUAAUAAAUAGCCCCAACUUCCUGAUUUUGACUGCGAGGCAGAAACCGGGGGUAUAUCUACCCGGGGAGGAUUAAAAACGGUGCUGUUUUUGCAUAUCUGGGAGCCAAGAGACCAUUUUUGACAAACAGCAAAACUCAAGCAAGUUCCUUGGAAGAGGCUUUGGGGGCCGCCAUGACCCUCCCGUUCCUGGCUCUGCUCUGCGUUGGGCUGUGUGCUGGCCAAGAUCUAAGAAGAGCUGGGUCACUUCCCAGGCCCUCCAUCCGUGCCUCACCCAGCUCCGUGGUUCCUGCCAAUAGUACUGUGACACUGCGAUGCUCCAUUCCUUCUGGGAAAGUCAAGUUUGCUCUCAAAAAGAACAAUGUUUCUUUGGAGUCUUCACCAUCCUCAGGGGCCAUGGCAGAGUUUCACCUCACUGACCUAAAAACCAGUAACGCUGGAGAGUACACCUGUGAAUACAGGACAGAGAGCCCUACCAGAAGGUCACUGCUCAGUGAUGUCCUUAUCCUACUGGUGACAGGAGAAUUAGCUAAACCUUCCCUCCACGCCCACCACAGGGGUGAGGUGACUGCAGGAGAAAACGUGACUCUGCAGUGCCAGAAGCCCAAGCAUGUGAUUGGACCCCACAUGUUUGCUCUACUGAAGGAAGGAACUUCAACACCCAUAAAACUCCAGCGUGCAAUAGGAAUGGAGACAGACUUCUCCCUUCCCAGUGUGACAGGCAGUGACACUGGGAACUACAGCUGUGUGUACUACCUACCAAGGACUCCUUUCUGGACCUCACAGCCCAGUGAUGGGCUCAGGAUCUCAGUGACAGAUGAAACGAAGCCUCCCAAGAUGGCAGGAGUGACACUAGGAACCACCGAAAUCAUCCUCAUUGUCAUCGUACCUCUACUCUUCCUCCUCGCAGCCUUCCUCAUCUGCAAAUACACCUGCUGUGGGGCAGCUCUUAAAAAGACAACCAGAAGCUCCCAUUCUUCUAAGAAAAUGGAAGAAGUGGUGACAGAUGCGUCUCCAGCUACGAAGAGUGGCUCUCCCGCCCUGGAUGAGGGAUCGCAGGUGUCCAGGGCUGAAGAACCGCAGGGAGUGACGUAUGCUGAGCUGAACACCAGAGCCCUGCGCGAGGGCCCCUCCACCCAGGUGCCGCAGCCCCCAGAAACGUGCGUGUACUCGGCCCUCAAGAUGUAGCAGGAGAAGCUCUGGCACCAGGAAGAACUGCCAAUAAGGGGGUGGACAAUGGGGCAGAGGGCCCUUGGGGGACUGGGCAAAUGAGGAAACCUUUCCUCAGUCUCCACUUCAGACUUGCUUCCUCCUUCUACGAAAGUAACAUUUAUUUUUUCAAGUGGAAGGUAUCAUUAACAUAGAGUGAUAUACAGAGAGAGGACUCAGUCCUAUCAUUGCCAGGAAGACCAACCACGUGAUGAGGAGGUUUGGAACCAGAGCCAGGUGUUAUCAGCCGGUCCUCUGGGGAAGAGAGGGAGGCUGGGGACGGACUCUGUCACGUGGGCAGUAACCCAAUCAACCACGCCUGCGUGAUGGCAUCCCAACGAAGAUGCUGGACACGGACACUGGAAAGCUUCCAGUUGGUGACACUCCAUC